AUGACUGCAAAAAGACAAAGAACAAUCCAAGGGUCCUGUUGGCCCUGUAAGCAACGACGCGUGAAAUGUGACCUAGCUCGCCCCCAGUGCCGCCGUUGCAACGUGUCGGGUGCCCAAUGCAGCUUCGACAAGAUACUCGUGCGUUGGAACUCACGUCCAACUAAAGCCGCACCCGUCGCAUAUCAAGCCUCAAGCACAUCGCCCAAAUCCACCUUGUUCAGACAGAUCCAGGACAGUCGCCUAGAAGCCAGUGAACUCAAAGCUCUUGACUAUUUCCAAGCCGCCUUGUGGCCCUUGCUAUCCACUGCUACACAGCAUUGUCCGCCACCGAUAUCUCUUGCCCUAGAAUCCGAGCCAGUAUUGCUAGCUAUGUGUGAACUAGCAGAGGCUCACCGAUUGCUCCAGCGAGAAGUUAGCCUGACACAUUUGCAGGCUAUAAGCAACAAGAGAUUGAUUUGUUUAUCCUCUGUCCGAAAGCAACUCCGAGAAAGUGUCUCAAAUAACGAGUCUCUUUCUCAACUGCUUGUCGCCGUCCUGUUGCUCUAUUUCCUGGAUGGUUUCAUCGAUUGCGCGGAGCAAUCCGCUUCCACAAUAAGCCACCAGGCUGGUGUGCGAGCCAUUGUCGAAAAGCUUGGUGGAUUCAACAUGCUUAUAGAUGAGGGCCAAAAAGAUACUCCGCACAUGCUUCUAUCUGAAUUUGCCUCCACCGAUCUCACUCGCGCUAUACUUGAUGACAGGGUCCCCUCUUUUCCCGCCCGAAUCUGGCGUAACAUCGAAAGGGGCACAGUUUGGUGGGAGAAGCAGACAUACGGGGUAACACUGGCGGUAGUAUUUCGCACCAUGACACAAAUAGCCUUCUACCGACAGUCGGUUCAAGCCGGAGACGAGGAACUAUCCAUCGAAAAGGUCCGUGACUUCGAAAGGUGUCUCCAGCCUAGCUUUUCGGUGCUGAGGCUCGAUCAUUUCAACUGUCCGGAAGAGGAGACCCUUUCUAAAUUCGAAAUGGAGCGUCUCAAUCAAACGAUCGCAUUUACCCGGGCCUUCCAGCACAGUGCUCUGAUUUACCUCUACCGGACUAUUUGUGGGUUUUCGCCGAGGCAUCAUCUUGUCCAGCAGCAUGUGAACUUUUGUAUGGGAUGUAUUAAGGCUAUCAGUAGCAGUUCUAAGGCCCAUAACUGUAUUGUGUUUCCCGUUUACGUUGUCGGUGCCCAUUCAUUCACGCCAGGCCACCAGCAGGAUAUUCUCGACACACUGGAUUCUAUAUAUCUAAGACUGCGCUUCAAUUCAUUGUUGAGUAUUCGUGCGGCCUUAGAGGACUUAUGGUCUUCUCGAAGGCAGGAAGGUGAUUGGAGAGAUAUGUUUACUUGUCUGGGAAACCAUAUUCUGGUAUUAUAA